CCUGCGACGAUCUUUGUUGACCUACAGGUCGUCCUGCCCAAGAAGUUCUUCCCGGCGUUUGCAAGGAGAUCCUUUGACUUCUAUAUCGACACAUUCAAGGAUCCCCUGCUGACAAGCAGGCCCUUGUGGUUCAAGAGCCUCAUCAUGGCUGAAGUUGUCUUCCAGCUCCCUUUCUUCUUCGUCGCCCUCUACGCAUUUCGAACCAGAGCCAACUGGAUCCGAGUCCCUUCCAUCGUGUACGCCGCGCACGCCUGCACCCAGAUGGUUCCUAUCUUGGGCUCAGUGUGGUUUGAUGAAGCUGUUCCCAAAGAGAAGAGGACGGUGCUGUCUUGUAUCUACCUCCCCUACUUUGCGAUCCCGCUGUGGUUGCUAGUGCGCAUG